UUGCAGAUUGCCUACACGUUCUGGUGGACGCUACUUCUGAAGCUUGUCGACUUGAUCGAAACAGGCGUAUUCGUGCUGAGAAAAAAGGACAGGCAGAUUUCCAUUCUACACAUAUACCACCACAUAUCGACGGUGAUAAUUGCUUGGACUUUCGGGAGAUACGUUCCAGUGGUAAUGGCCUCUUUCGUGAUCAUAGUGAACUGCUUUAUUCACGUGAUCAUGUACACCUAUUACUACCUAAGCACAAUGGGAGACAAAGCGCCGAAAAUUCUGAAGAAGAUAAAGCCACUAAUCACGAUAAUGCAAAUGGCACAGUUCAUACUUCUCAUAAGUCAAAACAUCGUGUCAUUCGUGCCAUCCUGCCCAGUAGCGAGGUUACCGGGCAUCGUUUCGAUAAUUAAUCUUGUGAUCAACUUCAUGCUGUUCUACAACUUCUACCAGAAAACUUACAAGAAAACUAAUCAAAAGUCGAUGUAGGACACAUUAGGAGGAAUAUGCUUCGAUAGAAAUUGCAUUUGUAAUUGUCGACUAGCUGGAAAUGAUGAGGCGCCAACUGUGAUUCGCGAUAUUGCACGCGACGCUAAUCGCACUACGAUCAAAUGUAACAACUCUAAACGACUCGUAAUUACUGCGAUACCGGUACAUGCGUUACUUUCUGCUGACAUUCUAAUUUAUGGUUUCUCAUCUGUGUAUAUAAUUUGACUUGAGAGGUAUAGUUAUUUGAAUAAAUAGGAA